AUGGCUGCCCAAGACCUUCUCUUUUUUCUUUCUCUAUCCUUAAACUUCUCUCACCAUAUAUGUAUCGUCACGUUUUCCGCUCUUGUCCACUUGCAGUCUUUCUUUCUUUCUUUCUUUCUUUCUUUCUUUCUUUCUUUCUUUCUUUCUUUCUUUCUUUCAUCGAUUCUUCCACUCUUCUACUCUUUUCUAUUUCUUUUUUUUAGUCUCACUCUUUCGCCUAAGUACUUCCCUUCAUUUACUCUUUUCUUUUCGUCUUCUCUUUCCUUAAAACUCCUCCCUCAACAACUUUGUUUCUUCUUUUCCACAAUCUUUCUCCGCCCACUCACUCUUUCUCUCUAUACGUCUCUCUCUAUAUAUUACUCUUCCCACCUGUUCUUCUCCACAUCGAUCCCCUUUACGUGUUUCUGCCUUUCUUUUUCAUCCCCGCUUCUUUUCGAGGUUAUUCUUUCUGUUUCUUAUACCCCUGCCCGCCGACUUCUACCAACCAUUCCACAUGGAUCUUGGCAAAUGGCCGAAACUUGCGAAAGCGUUCGUACAUCACCACCAAUAACCCGUGAUCCUCUUUCCAUUAAGCUUCAAGGUGCAAAUUUGAACAAAACAACCGCGUCCCUCUCCGUCCCGCCAAAUAAUUGCUGGUUUCCGCUCUUCCUGUCUAAUUUCCAUUUGUCGUUUCCCGAAUCACGGAGCACGUAUUGUUCUGCGUCAACCCAAUUGUCUCUUCGCACGCUUCGUUGCUGCUCCCUUAUAAGACUUGCUACCUUCGACAUUUCUUCUCAGAGUGAGAAGUUAGAUCUGUAA